GCAUUAUCAUGAAGAGUGAUCCGGGGCUUGGAGAACGAGAAUAUGAAACACAUUCCAAUUGGUUGGCCCGCUUUGCACCGGAUUGUAACAAAUCGCUCACUACAAAGUAGGGUGUAAAUCAACGCGAAGAAGCUUUGGGUCAUAUACCACUCACCAGGAAAUAAACUACCUUUCAUUCCGGGAGGAUAUUUUGAAGAUUUCCCCACGCGUCCGCUACCUCGGAGAUUUAUCAACCUGAGUCAGUAUCAUCAAGCCAAAAUGGAACCAAGCGAUCCAACUGUGGUGGCAGUACCAGUUGAUUACAGAGAACCGUCCAAAGCGAAAAAACCAUGGCACUUUCAUCUCAUAGGGACACCAUCCCGGCGUUGUAUCUUCAGUCUAUGUCUGUUCGGGGUGAUAGCAAUGGCCAUCCUUUUCGGUCUUCUAUUCGGGCUGGUUCGCAACGAGCCCACAAUGAGCACCAAGGAUGAGGAGCCGCGCUACAGCAGAUCCACGCCGCCGGCUGUUCCCACGCCGAAGCCAAGCAGUUGUAUUGGGAAGGAAGGGUCUUAUCGCUAUGCCGCCGUAGCUUCUGACGCAGAAAUAUGCUCAACGAUUGGCAGCGACAUCCUAGCGAAGAAGGGCGGAUCUGCAGUCGACGCGGCAAUUGCCACUCUCCUAUGCCUUGGUCUGGCUAAUAUCCACAGCAUGGGGAUCGGUGGUGGAUUCUUUAUGACAUUAUACGACAAGCAGAAAGGGGAGGUGUAUACAUUAGACGCCCGCGAAGAGGCACCAGCAGCCGCAACUGAAGACAUGUACGUCAAUGACAAGGCGGCCUCGUCAUUCGGUGGCAAAUCCAUUGCAGUGCCUGCUGAAGUCGCGGGGUAUAUGGAGGCCCACAAGUUCUACGGCAAGGUUCCGUGGAAGGAGCUGUUUGAACCUAGCAUCAAGCUCUGCCGGGAAGGAGUACCUGUCACUCCCGGCCUGGUUGGCGCCAUGAAGGCAAAAGAGAGCGUUUUGAGAGCUGAUAAACAGCUUUCUGGACGUUUUAUCAACCCUAAGACAGGUGACCUCUAUAAACUUGGUGAGAAGAUAUUUUACCCCAAGUUUGCGAAAACAUUACAGAUUAUUGCUGAUGAAGGCGGAUAUGCUUUUUACAAUGGAAGCUUGGUUGAGAACAUCGUCGCCGAUAUUAAAGACGCAGGUGGCAUCAUAACUAUGGAUGACAUGGCCAACUACAAACCAAAAUGGCGUACGCCAGUCAGUUCAACUUUGAACAAGAAGCUCAGGGUAUAUUCCUUACCACCGCCUUCCAGUGGUGCUAUUCUAAUUUAUAUACUGAAUCUCUUAGAUGGUUACAACUUUACAAAUGCUGACUUAAAGAAGGAACCAGUCAAGACAUAUCAAAGAAUAGUAGAGUCGUUCAAGUUCGCAUACGCGAGGAGAGCCGAGCUGGGCGACCAGGACUUCAUCGACAUUACAACGCUCCUGUCUAACCUGACUUCAUCCGCCUACGCUGACUACACCAGAUCAUUUAUUACGGACGAUCGAACCCACGACCCAUCGUACUACGGGGAGGCGAUGGGCAAGACCGAAAAACAGGGAACCUCACAUUUAUCUGUGGUCGCACCGAAUGGCGAUGCGAUAUCAGUCACUAGCACUAUCAAUCUUUACUUUGGUUCCAAGGUGUUAGGUAACCGGACAGACAUCCUCUUCAAUGACGAAAUGGACGAUUUCUCCUCACCAAAUAUGUCCAAUACGUUCGGCCUCCCUCCAUCACCGACCAACUUCAUCCGCCCGGGGAAGCGGCCCAUGUCCUCAAUGUCCCCUGCCAUUAUCGUUGACGAUAAGGGCGAUGUCAAACUCGUAAUUGGUGCGUCUGGAGGCAGCAAGAUCAUCUCUUCAGUGGCUUAUUGUUCGGCCCGAGCGCUGAUGUUUGGCGAAACGCUGAAAGAUGCCAUUGAUGCAGCUCGCUUACAUGACCAAUGGGUGCCUAAUAAGAUUAUCUACGAUCCAAGUUUUUCCAAGGAAAUACUAGAUGCGUUACAAAACAUUGGGCACGAGGUGGAGGAGUUAAAAGGUCGCGGUGCAGUCUUGCAAGGAGUCUAUAGGACGGCCAGUCGUCUGAAUGCCUACUCAGACCAGAGAAAGGGAGGCUGCACUGAUGGAUACUAAGUAUCCGUUGUUCGCUGGAGUCAUAACGCGCUGUCAUAACAUAGGGUGUUCAAAAUAAUGUAGGGAGUCUAGGUAUAAUCCGGAAAUUUCUUUGUCGAAAUGAUUCACUAAGCUGAAAAGUAUAUGUAUACCUAUUAGUCUGACCAACUUAUAUUAUUGAUAAAAACAACUUUUUGGCUUGUCAUCCGGGGCUAUAUAGUCAGCACCAAUUUUCCAAUAUUUUUUACAUCGACGAUAUAUAUAUAAUAUAUAUAUCAAUUUUUAAUUCAAUCUGUUAGGUUAUACCAUGGUGGCAUUAUAAUUUUAUUUUUUAUUAUUUAUAUUUAUAAUGCCUCCAUGGUUAUACCCGGUACAUUUAGUUUUAAAUUUGUAAAGUAUUGACUGAACUUGUUAGGUUGUACAUUGUAGUUUUAAACCUGUAAAAUAUUUGAUUCUCCUUUACUGGAGGUUUUAAUAAUAAAUAAUAAAUAAUAUAUAUACAUGUAUAUAUAAUCUGGAAGAAUUUCAGCGGGGAGGUGGUGUACGCCGGCCUGUAAGAUGCUCCUGUUGAAGUUUUUUUUAUUCAUAAACAAUCGUAUAGCCUAUACUUGGGAUUAUGCAUGUAAAUCAAACCGGUUUUACUUGUAGGAGCGAGCGUACCGUAUCAUUUUUUUAAAGUUCGGCAAUGUCAACUCGCCGGCAAGCAUACCCUCUGCUGAAAAAGUUCAUUAGGAAUCGUUUAGUGCUGUGAAAUAUCGAGCACAUCCAACGAAUCAGUGCCGUUGUUCGGCGUGAACUAAUUUAUGCAGUGAUGAUCUCACCAUGAUAUUUGUUUAAUUUUACUCUACAUUGUACUUCCAUAAUACAUACAAAUACAGGCUCGAAAA